AUGCUGCUCCUGGAUGUGCCGCCGGAAGUAUUCGAGAAUGUCAUUCAUGAGCUAGUUACUCUUGCUGGUAUCAACGAGGCUUGGAAGCUUCGUGGAGUCUGUCAUACCUUCAAGGCCACUAUAACAUACAAUGUCUUUGCAAAGCAACCUAUCAAGGCAUUCACGUGUCCUACGCGAUCCAUCUUCCGUGCGAAUUCGGGACUAUACCUCUAUUAUCGAAGCAAAGUACCUCUCGACACAAAUCCAUAUCUUCCAAACAUGAUAAACGACAUGGUCAACUGGAUGGCCAGAGAAAUGAACAAGGACACAGAGAACGAAAGGGAAGCCAUACGGCAAAGUCUCUGUGACUCUCUUCCACUUGGACUUCUCGAUCGCGAUCAGCUAUUCCGGUGGGUUUUGGGAGGCGAAAUAAAAAUAUCUGAACUAGUCUCGAUGCACCUUCAUCGCCCAUUCGGAUGUCUCGAUAAGCUGUUGGCCGCCAUUUGCCUGGGAUAUCAUCAUCUUAUACCCGAAUUGAUGCAGGGACUAUCAAGCUUUGAGGGCCACCCUAUCUUUGGUGCACCCCUGCAGCUUGCAACGAAGCUUGGUCACGAAGCUGUGGUGAAGGCAAUGCUAGAGAACAUUUCAGCAAUCCUGAAUGACCCGAAUGAUCCGAGGUGCACACGGGAUGCUAUCCUAACGGACAUGUACGAAUCCGCGCCUCCAGGUCCCUCGAUGUUUUCCACGAAGCAUCCUUUCAUGGGAGAUGCAGUCGUCACUGCAAUCUGUCAGAACGAUGAAGACCUUCUCAAUCUUUUGUUGGGCUGGUACAAGAGUCAUACAUUUGCCAUAUCGGCGAAGGUUUGGGAUCGCUUCUUGAAGACUGCAAUUACUCGGUCCAGCCUUGCAAUGAUUCAAGCUGUUGCUACACUCCGGAGUCCUAAGCGUGGUUCCGCUUGGAAGGUUAGAUGGAUCGAUUACCAGACAGCGUGCGAGCACAAUCGCGAAGACGUAGUACGAUUCUUCCUCGAUCAAGGUCACAUCGAUGUCAACAACAAGGCAGUUGCUUCAUCCCCACUAGUCAAGGCUGUGGUUGCAGGGCACUUGAACAUCGUGAAGAUUCUUGUCGAAGCCGGUGCGGACGUGAAUUACGUAUCUACCUGGAAAUCGAAGCAGACAACACCCAUCCUAGUCGCGAUCAAGAGGCGGAACUUCGACAUAUCUCACUAUCUUCUGAAAAGGGGUUCACAUAUGCCUCAAAUCUCGAAUGAGUGGGAUGAGAGAGGUCUUCUGCUUUGCUACCAGAAUAUAAAAUGUGAAAGGAUGGGAAGCGGCUGUCGCGAUUUUCCGUCCUACACAGAAUUUCGCGGCACUUUCGAUCAAGAGAUCAGCGAGAACAUAUUAGCCAUCCAACCCAAGGGAGCUUUCCGCUCUCGUCGCGCAAGUCGCCUUCUUAGCGAGCCAGAGAACAUGAAGCAUUACCUCGCAUACCACGUCAAGAAUCCACGCGAUGUUUUUCUCGAACUGCCUACGAAGAUACGAGAGAUGGUAGAGUAUGUUACCAAGGAGCUCGAGGCCGAAGAAGAUCGCCAAGAUCGCAACAUUUUACUCGAAGUUUGCGCCUGUGUGGCAGAUACGUGUCGAGACACCCAGAACUUGCUGUGGAUCUCUGAACCAGGCCUCUUACACGAAUCUUGGCUCACAAUUAGAAACGAGUGGCGCCAGAAACAGUGCGAUUCUCCCGGCUCGGAUUUGGACUGGCAUGAGAAAUUUAUCGCGGCGUUAAGCGUACGCGCUUACGAGCUAGUCGCUAGGUUACUACCUGAUGCGCCGAGAUAUCUUCGACAGGGUGUAUGGGACUAUCCAAUCUCAGCUGCUGUUCGGCUUGGAGACUCAGAGAUGAUCACACUUAUGCUUGAUGUCCUGGAUAAGGAAAAGGGCAAGUACUGGAAAAUUUUCCAGAUGCUCCACAUCGAUUCUAUAUACAACAUUCAAGUUGGUGUCACACUUUCCAUCUCCAACAACCACCCGGAAAUCACAGCCCUCCUGCUUGAAUACCUCGACGACUAUAAGUCCCUCACAAACAGGCCUUUUUAUCGUGAGUGGGUUAAACUCGCCAUUGAUUGCCAGAACGACGAGUCACUGAAGUCUCUCCUUCAAGUUAUAGCCGAGGACAACCCCUACCACAUCCUCAAUAGAACCUUCGAACAGGGUUGUAGAAUGGGCAGCCUCAAUGUGGUCAAGAUGCUUCUCAAACACGGACAAGUACAACUGCACUCUAGCAGCAAUACGUCGUCAGCACUUGCAGCUUCCAUAAGAUCAGGUACUGUAGACAUGGUUCGGGAGGUGGUUGAAGCUGGCGCCGACAUCGACUACGCUAUGACUACUCACCGAAUCCCUGGACGCCCCACUAUCACACCGUUGGAAUACGUCAUACACAUCAAGAAAUAUGAUGUGGUAGCCUACUUGGUCGAAUGUGGAGCGAAAGUCCCUUCAGAGAGCAUUUGGCCCUCUCGAGCCAUGACGGAACUUCUCGACUUAACUCCGGAAAUAUUCAAGAUGAUCGUCCAUGAGCUCAACGCCGAAUCUCCAAGCUCGACUUGGAAGCUCCGAAGCGUAUGUCGCACUUUCGCCGCCGAAAUCGAGGACGACUUGCUUAGCAAGCAGCCUGAAAAUGUUGUCGAAAAGAUGCCCAAAGUCAUCAAGAACAAGAUGGCCGAGUACCUAAACAUCCAUCUUCACAAGAUCUCUGAUGUCAACGAUCCAUUGCUCAAGAUGCUCCGUCGUAUGGCCGACUACUUGAUCCGGGAGCUUGCGAUCCCAGAGAAAGAUCGGAAAGUCACUGAGACUAGCAUGAUUGAAGGUUUUAUCGUAGCAGCUAUGGCAUUCCUGGCAUUCGACUUGGUGCGGACUCUGCUAGCAACGAUGCCUCUCAACACCCGGAUACCCGGCAUAUAUAUCGGUCGAUGUCCACUAGUGAUGGCCGUGGCCGCGAAUAACAAUGGCCUCUUCAACGAAGUUAUGGAUCAUCUCAAUCAGCUCAUAAAAACGCCAAGAGGCAGAUAUAUGUGCCGGUCCGCAUACGCUUUCGACGAUGCGUUCUACAUUGCUGUCAACACCGGAAAAUCUCGCUUUGUCAAGGAACUCGUCGAGUUCUGCCCGAGGCUUCCCCAUUAUGUGACAAAAGAAACAUACAACAAAUGGCUUGACGCUGCCAUUGCGAGUUUAAACGCAGAUAUCGUCAAGUCGGUCUUGCUUCUGUGUUCUUCGCGAGACAAGGUCAACCCAUAUCUCUUCACCAAUGCGUGCCGUACAGGUAGUACCGAUAUUGUCAACACGCUUUUGAAUGAAGGUAACGUAGAUGUCAACAAAAGUCUAAUUGUAUCCUUCAAGGAUCACCCACUUUGCUGUGCCAUCCAGUAUGGCGAUAUACCUAUCAUCGGCGCAGUCCUAGACGCUGGUGCAGAUAUAAAUGGGAAG